AUGUCGUAUAUGUCGGAAGAAGAACGCUCAAAGCUAAAACACCCAAAUUACUGGGACCGAGAGCCUGACACCUGGGGAAGCAUAAAAGAUUGGGACCUUUACUUGCUUAAGAAACUGGAUUCGUCACAGGUUAAUAAACGUCUUUCUCACUCAGCCUUGGGUGACGAGCUAAGAUGCUUAAAGCAGAUGUAUGAUGAAAACCAUCCUAUUUAUAAGACAGCUUGUCAUUGGCAGAACGAAUUGAAGGGAGAAGGUUUUCCCGAGUGCAAAUACCGACAGAAAAGUGAUUGUAAAAUUUGGAAGAAGAAGGAACAAAUCUCAUCGUUACUUUUGGAGGCUGAUGUAGUCGAAUUGGAAUUGGAAAUCGCCAAGGCGACAAGACGAGGAUAUAAAGAAUAUUCAGACAUAGAAUUUGGUCCAGAUCAGAGAGUGCAGAAGAAGAUCAAAACAAAUGAAAUUAAUGAGGAGGCGAAACCCGUUCCGAGUGAUGUCUCACAUGAUUUGCAGUCUCAGGCUCAACAGCGAACUCCCGAACGUCAAUUCAGUCCAUCAACUACCAGUGAAACGGAAGCAGAAUUAGCUUACAGUGAUUCAAGCGACGAAAAAAUCUCCCCAACUUCCCUUACAAACUUCUUCAUGACUUCGCAACAGUCAUUUACAGAAACAAAAACCAAAGAACCCAGAAAAUACAUCAACCGUGACAUUGCAGACGAAGUAUUGAAAGCCUACCAAACGCGUGUUCUACCAGGAGAUAGGUUGAUGUACAAUGGUGCUGAUAUACUGGAUUUUGCCCGAUCAACAAUGAAGAAAAAUGACUCCGCAAAAAGUCCCCUUUCCAUUAAUGUUGUCAAUAUUCACGACAACAACUGUGUUAAAUUUUUAUCUCCGAAUUUCAAAAAAUUUAUCGCAGACCAAGUUCAAGAUCACGAAAUUGAUACUGUCUAUUUUGCUGAUGGGCGAUACAUUGACAAAUUCGUGAUGGAUUGUGAUACAGAAGCAUUACAUUUCUUGGAAAAAUUCAAGGAGAUAGGAGAUUUGGAAUCUCUGGCGAAAUGUUUGGAUGAGAACCCAAUCAAAAGGUCAGAGGCAUCAAAUGACCUUAUCUACGUGAGGAACCUUUUUGACCAUUUUCAUUUAUUAUACAAAAAUGACAUAUUACUUCAACCCAUGUCCGAGCAUGAGUUUAGUGCUUAUGUUUGGACCCCAUUGCUCAGAAAUGCAUUUCUCGGGAGGGAAGAUUUAAAAUUAAGCUGUGGUGAGUUGGCAUCUAGAUCGUACGAAAAGCUUAAGGAAGUGUUGAAUAUUGCCAACCGAAGUGCCCCUAAACUCGAUGGAAAAGGAUUCCUUAAAUCCUUGGGCACUGAAAUAAUAGCUCAAGAAGACGGAGUCUUAAAUACACAUAACAAAAGAAUGGGCGAUCUACAAAAGUUGGAGUUUUGCUCUAAAGUAAUUCUUACAGCUCUAUUCUUUGCAUUGCCAUCCAACUCCAAGGCUAACAUUACCGAUAUAGAGGCAUAUAGCCUCCAGUCAAAUGGAUUCCGAGUUAAGAUCUCUGCGUCCAAGUAUCUCUUCGAAGAUACCAUAAUAACAAUGGAUCUCCAACACAUAGAGGUCCCAAAGACCGUAGAAGGAUUUUCAAAGUUGGUGGUGGGUGUAAAAUCAAUUCUGUCCUGGAAGGAGCGAACAAGAAAAAAUACAGCAUCAUUUUACAGUGCCUUAAAUAAAGGCCACCAACGUUUGAUCAAUGGUGUCAAGUUUUCACCAAUUAAAAUGUCCAUAUAA